AUGAAAGUCUCUCGCCUGCCUGGGGCACAUUUAAUUGCAACCUUUUCUGCCUUCCUUCUUAUUAUCCACGAGAGAUGCCUCGUUCGGCAGGGCGGCCGCCGCCUGCGUUGGCCGGUCACCGUUAUAAGGACCCUAUCAUUAUGGCCAACAUUUCGUGACGAUUGUCUGCUGUUAUUUUCCCGCUCAUUCGCCUCUUUUCCUGCCACGAACCUUCACCCUCAUUUUCUUUUUCUCGUUUACGCUCCAUCUUACUUUUUCUUGUUAUUACAACUUUUCUUUCCUAAUACGUUCCUUUUCAAAGCUUUUCCCACCGAAACUGCAUUUGGGAUUUCUUUCUUCCUAACCUUUCUUUCUUUUUCCUUUUCUUUUUUUUUCUUUUCUUUCCUUUCUAUCCUAUUUUUCGGCAUUUCUCUCCGCCCCCGACCUUUCUUCUCUUGCCGACGAACCCUUACUCUCCAAAUACCUUCCCUCCUUACUCUCCACUACGAUUCCGCUUGGCAACCCGACCUGUUCUCUCUCAUCAGAAAAACCCAAAUGGUAUCGCACCGCCAUUAUGAUAACACCUCGUUAACGAAGGAAGCGACGACGACGACGAAAAAGAAAGUAAAGCAUGAGUGGAAAGUUCGAAUGUACUCAGUCAAGUUAAGCCCUUGCUUUGGUUUUUAUCUUUCAAUACAAUCUAUCUAUCUAUCUAUCUAUCUAUCUAUCUAUCUAUCUAUCUAUCUAUUCUAUUCUAUUCUAUUCUAUUCUAUUCUGUAUAUCUAUCAUCAAUCAAUCUGUUCAUACCUAUCUCUAAACCUAUUCAUAUUUAUCUCACUCUAUUCUCAUCUAUCUAUUGAUAUAUCUAUCUAUCUAUCUAUCUAUCUAUCUAUCUAUCUAUCUAUCUAUCUAUUCAAAUCUUUUCAUAUCUCUGUUUAUCUAUGCAUUCAAAUCUUUUCAUGCCUAUCUAUCUAUCUAUCUAUCUAUCUAUCUAUCUAUCUAUCUAUCUAUCUAUCUAUCUAUCUAUCUAUCUAUCUAUCUAUCUGUAUAGCUGUUUCUCUCCCACACACACUCUCUUUCUAUCUAUGUAUUUACGAGAGGAUACAGAAAAAAAACAUUUGA